ACUGCCUCCCAUGCGAAUAAAAUAGCUGCUCAUUUCGCCAUGUAGAUCUAGCGCUCAUCGCCUUUCCUACGUUCCCUUCUAUCCCCAAUGUCUUCGAACUCGACAGACACCCCAACCCUCCCUCCUUCACUAGAUCUUCCACCUCAUCUAUCUGCACAAAAGUACUUUUUUGUCUGUACACUCACAGUCUUGGCUUGGGAUGCCCUCGUUCUUACUCCCAGGUCCUACAAGCUGGGGCGUCAGCCAAAAUGGCCAGCUUUGAAGGCCAUGUAUUACUUUUUGCAAUUUUGGGUGCUAGCAGAUUUCGUUGUAACAGGCGUAAUGUUCUUUAGUACAACAGUCAUACAAGACACAGACUGCGUCAGGUUCUGGCCAUACGAGCCAAUUUGUACAGCAAUUCUCAUUGCUGUGGCUUCCGCCGUUCAUGUCAUGCGCAUAUCUGCUAUCUACGACCACACUCAAAACGUUCGUGCAACCAUGUGGGGAUUGUAUGCUGUUCAGAUUGUCGUCACUGCCAUUUGCUGUGGCUUCUAUCGCUCUGUGCAUCUUGAAGAUGGCCAGGGAUGCAUCGCCGGUCCACUGAAUAACGCAAGCUGGGUUGGAAUUUACUGGCUAGCUCCUACCCUGCUCUACGGUACCAGCUUCGUCCUCGCUGCUCUACGCAGCAUUAAAACACUCCAAGCCAAGAAAGUAUCAUACUGGCGUCUCAUGCUUCGUGACGGCUUGAACCUCUACGGUGCCAUUCUCCUUGUAAACCUUGUCAACGUCCUCUUCUACUUCAUCAUGACGCCCACGGAUCCAACCGACCCCAUCAAGACAAUCGUUAGCAGCAUGGCAGCUGUGCUUACCACAACCAUGUCUAUGCGCAUCAUCCUCUCCGUUAGAGGGGACCUUGCCAACGGAGGCUCGUUCUCUGUUUCUUCCCACGCUGCUUCUUCAUCAGGCGCCAACACACACUCGCUCUCUGGCUCAGGGACCAGACCAAGAGGCGUUAACCACACUUUCACCCUCGGUGAUAUGCGUGAUGCGUCCGUGGCGGUGGCCGGUCGUAAAGAGGGCGGAGAGUGGGACGCCGACAAAAGCAGCGUCACCCCUCAUGAGGAAUCCAAGGUUAUCCUUCCAAUUGUUGGGGAGGAUAUUGAUGGUGGUAUCCCGCGUGCGCGCACGGGUUUGGGCGUUCAGAUCACAGUUGAUCAGCAAGUCGAGUAUGAUGAUGGAUUUGCCAGGAAGUAAUUUGCGGGAUUUAAAGGAGCAGGCGUGUUUGCUGUGAUGCGAUUUGAUACGGCGGGGCUCGCGAUCCUGUUGUCUGCAUGAUAUCUCCUGAGUCGUAUUUUUCUUUCUGCUAUUUAUACCGUCUGUUUUGUUACCCACAGUAUUCCCUAGGUACCCGUCAUUGGAAAGAACGUCCAUGAUGCAUUGUAUUAAAGUAAUGACCAAGCCGGCGGUUAUUCGUGCUCACAUUCUAUGUACAGAUAAUAUUUGAUGAAAAAAAAUCAGUCGAGUAUCGUCCCCUGCUACAAUUGCAUCUCUGCCCAACGAUAAUCACCUUGCACUGAUCCAGCCCUAACGUGAGAUUGUGGCGCUGUCCGUAUAAGAUAACUCGCCCACGAUAGAACAAAGAGAUGCGUUAAGGAAUAUGAAAAGAUGC